AUGUUUUCAACUCUCGUCAGGAGGGCUGCACAGGGCACGAAGUCCCCGUCCAGCGCAGAGUACAUCCGGAAGAUUAGGGAGCUCUACCCGCCCAAGAAGGUCUGGCCGCCUGACUUCAAGAGACUGUCGCCGCAGGAGCAGCUCAAAUUCGAGAAGAAGUUCAAGCGGCGGUUGGCCAUCAGAGCCGAACGGCCAAGAUGGGCCAAGUUCAUCAAGCUGGUCCCAACUCUUCACUCUGUAAUUGUAUACGCGGCCCUGUUCAUGGACUGGACGCAGGAGCAUCAACCGUUUGAUGGAGUAUGUGUCUCGCGGCAACCAUUCGCAAAAGACUACGACUGA